GAUUGGCUGGUAGUUUGUUGAGAUAAAGAGCUGAGCUCACCUGGAUCCAGAUCUUUCCAUCGAUCCGAGGAGGAGAGCAGGAAGAACGAGUCCUUCCUUCCCGAUAAUUGACCACAAUUAGAACUUCCAGCUUCUACUUUUUGGUGGUUCACCCGACCCGACCUUCCACAUGUCCGCCCACCACACCAAUCCAAGGAUGCCUGGAAAUGAACUGGAAAGGGCUUUAUUAUUAAUUAUCGACAUCUUCGAUAACUAUGCCCAAAAAAUUGGUGAUUCAAACACGAUAAGGAAGAGUGACCUAAAAGAUCUUAUGAAGAACGAGCUUGGAGGGUUCCUUGAGACGCAAAAAGGCUUGGCUGCCGAGAAAACGAUUAUGAAGUACGUAGACGACAUAAAAGGGGAUGCAAACAUCAAACAUUUUGGCAAUGUCAUUGUCACUGUGAUGGAGGCCAUGAGGGAAAGAAGCUGCUGAACUCCAACUUCUCAUCCCACCAAUCCGGAGCCUCUUCUACAAAAAUACUGAAGCCUCAAUAAACUACAAAUUUAUCUUUUACCCGA